AUGGAUGCCGUUGCACGAAUGUCAGCUAUUUGGAAUAUACCCAUCAUUGGUUACAUGGCAGCUUCAAACUCGCUAUCGGACAAGAAGGCGUAUCCAACGCUGGCUCGGGUUUCGAUAAGAACAACGAGCUCUUUGGCAGAAGCCACAACUGCACUUUUGCGUCACUAUGGAUGGAACAAGGUAGCAAUAGUAACCAACCUUGGUGGCUUGGCAUAUGAUCGCACAGUUGCAUUCGAGGAAGUUUUUCAUGCGAGGCAGAUCAGAGUAGUCAAAAAGGUACAUUCCUUCCUUGAUGACGGUAAAGAAAUGGGUCGAAGAAAAUUGAAGGGAAUACAUUUCCAGCCUGCACAUUUAGAUGAGAGAGUUGGUUCGGCGAUCUAA